AUGACAGACCGGGCACAAAGUUCAGAAUCAUCGUUUAUAUCCUCUAAUUAUCAAACUUCAGAUACUUAGCAGAAAAAUGCUUUAAAUCCUAAACAGAAUGCACAGUCAGGUAAUAAUCAAUACUACAACCAGACCAAUGACCAGGACAGUAUUGCUAAAAAAUCUGAGCUUUAUUCAGUUAAGAAUAGAAAUGAGAAUUUAAUCAAAGAAAAAUUAAGAUAAGGUGACGUAAUAAACGCAGCAGAUUAAGAUGCUUACGACCCAAAGUAAAAGUCAGUUGAUUUGAAAGUACGUCUCCCAUCAGAAGAAGAGACUCCUCACGAAAAAGAAGGAUUUAUCGGUGGAGUUGAUGAUGCUGCUCCAUUUUAAAAAGACAAAUACUUGUAGAGGGGAUACCGUGUCGGAUUUAAGAACAAGAGAAGCCUUGCUAAGACUUUCUUCUGGGUUCAUAAUGAAUCAGUCAAUGUUUGGACUCACACAAUAGGAGUUGCCAUAUUUGUUUUUCUGAUCUAUAAUACAGUUAUGAACCUUGCCCCACCUAACAUCUAUAACAAUUCCUAAGGAGUACAGACUAAGCCCUGGACCGCUAACAUUUAAGACAUUAUUUCUCAAUUGCAAUCAGGGUUGGCAUAGUAGAUUUAAGUUUCAAACUUAAAUGAUAAGUAGAAUUAUGAGGAGUUGCAAAAUCAAUCAAAAAGUGACGAGACUAGUACUUAAAUUAGUUCAAGUACUUAGAAUUAGCAAGAGAAAUAAGAAAGUGCAAUUGAAUUAAAACAUGACAAUAAAUUGAAAAUCAAAAUUCAGAUCGAUCCAGUUGCAUAAAUCACUAAUGCUCUUCAUUAACCAUUUUUCGAAGAAAUUCAGAAGCAACACUUGUGUAUCAAUACUCUUAAGACCUUUGCUUAAGUUCUAGAUAAAAUCCACUCAUCACUCGAUUCUUAAGUAAAUCAUGCCAUUAGUAAAAUCAAGGGAGAUGAGAUUAAUCCUGAACUAAUAAUUCCAAAGGUAAAUUUAUUUAACCAUAACUUUUUCCUUCAGAUCGGGCAUAUCUCAAAGCUAACCUAACUUUUGAAGAUAAAGGUAAACAAAUGGCAAGAAGAGAUCACAGCGAUCAAAGAUGAUUCAUAAUUUAAUUGGGAAGAAAUCAAACCAAUAGUCACCUAGCCUGAAAAGUUCUUGAACUAUGUCACCAGAGGUAAAUUUUAAAUUAUUUUAAACAAGGGAGCGCUAAAUUUACUUGUAGUCCCUCUAUUCAUUUUUAUGGCUAGCGCGAUAGUAUGUAUGGGAUGUUCAGCCUUCUAUCACUUAUUCAAAGAUGUAUCGCCAUUGACUAAGAAACUUCUGCAGAGAAUGGACUACUGUGGAAUAAGUCUUUUGAUUGCAGGCAGCAACACUCCUCCCAUUUACUAUUCCUUCUAUUGCGAUGAGGUCCACUUCUGGAGAAAUUGCUAUUUGGGUUUGAUGUACGGCUCCUGCUGGGCUGGCUUCAUCUUACUUUUGGUUCCAAAGUUUGACCAAAACAAGUACAGAAAGUGGAGAGCAGCCUCCUUUGUCUUUGCUGGCUUGAUGUCUUGUGUCCCAGCUGUCCAUGCCAUGAACCUUGACCCCAAAUACGUUGUGGAUUUCAAUGAGUGGAAGUGGGCAAUCGGGGGUGCCAUCUACAUCUUUGGGGCAGGCCUUUACGCCUCCAAAUUCCCAGAGAAGUGGUAUCCAGGCAAAUUCGACAUAUUCGGCUCAUCUCAUUAAUUAUUCCAUGUGCUUAUUGUCACUGCUGCUCUUGUUCAUUAUAAAGGAGCCAUUGAAAAUUUCCAUUUAAGACAGUUGUCUACUUGCCCAGUAGACUAUCAUUAAAGUUUCUGA